UGCGGGCGGCGCGGGAGGCGGGAGCACCGGCGCGGCCCCGCCAUCCCUGCGCAUCCCGCAGCCCCGCCGGGGAUGCCGCCGCCCGCCGGGCCCUGAGCGCCGGGACGCCGGCGGCCGCCGGCCCCGCUCCGCCGCGCCUCGCCCGGCCCGACCCCGCCGGAGCCGCCGCCCGCCUGGAAGAUGGAGGUCGUGGAGGCCAGCACCCUUCAGCAGGAGAGGCUGCAGGCCAUCGCGGAGAAGCGGAAACGUCAGACAGAGAUCGAGAACAAAAGGCGGCAGCUUGAGGACGACAGGCGGCAGCUGCAGCAUCUCAAGUCCAAGGCUCUGCGGGAGAGAUGGCUGCUGGAGGGGGCCCCGGCCUCAGCCUCCGAGGAGGACGAGGCCAUGAAGAAGCAGAUGCAGGAGGAUGAGGUGAAGACCAAGGAGCUGGAGGAAACAAUCCAGAGGCUGGAGAAGGAGCUGGAGACGCUGGAGAACGGCAGCUCGGCAGCCUCCACCAAGGAGAACCUGGCGGAGGUGGCGGCACCGGCCAAGGAGGAGAAGGCAGAGGCCAUCCCCAACAUGCAGAAGAGUCCCCUGGGUACAGUCAAGGGCGGUCACCUCUCCUCUCCAUCUCCAGCUGAGAAGAAGGUCUCCAGCAGCCCCAUGAAGGCGGUGGAAGGCACUGACAUGAUGAAGGCAGCCAUGUACUCGGUGGAGAUCACAGUGGAGAAGGACAGAGUGACUGGGGAGACCAAGGUCCUGUCCAGCACCACCCUGCUCCCCCAGAACCACUGUCUGCAGGGGGUCAAAGUGUAUGAGGAUGAGCUGAAAGUGGUGCACGCCGUGAGCGCCGAGGACGGGGCCCUGCAGAAUGGGGCCCACCCCCUCAGCUCCUCCGAGGUCGACGAGCUCCUGCACAAGGCGGACGAGGCCACCCUGAGCGAAGCCGCCGGGCGGGAGGCCCCGGCCAAGGCCGGCGAGGAGGCCGGCAGUGCCCCGGCCAGCCAGAAGCCGACGCCACGGCGGGAGAUCACGGGGCUGCAGGCCAAGCCACGGGAAAGCACCACGGCGCUGCCGCUGGGCGAGGGCUCGGAGCCGAGCCGGGAGCAGCCUGUCACCAUGAUCUUCAUGGGCUACCAGAACGUGGAGGACGAGGAUGAAACCAAGAAGGUGCUGGGGCUGGAGGGCACCAUCAAGGCUGAGCUGGUGGUGAUCGAGGACGCCGAGAGCAAGCCGGAGCCGGCGUGCAAGGACCACGCGCCGCCCAACGGCACCGCGCUGGAGCCGGCGGCCGCCCAGCCGCUGGGGGAGGAGGGCCCGGGUGGGCAGAAGCCGGGCACCAACACCACAGAUGCCAAGGAGGCCGAGCAGGAGACGGACGUGAAGAAGCAGCGCUGCAAGUGCUGCACGGUGAUGUGAGCCCCGCCGGCACCGCGCCGCCACCAGAGCUGGCUGCCCCCGCCGAGACCCCUCCGCCCCGGCCCCCCGCUAGCCAGGCCCGCCGCCCCGGCACGCCGGGCUCCCUCCCCCACCGGACAUGGACCCUCUUUCUGCAGAGUCGGGGAGAUCCAACUGGCACCUGCGAAGCCGCAGCGGGCAGCAGCGAACCGCGGCACCGCUCACCCCGUCUGCCCGACACCUGCCCCACGCCGCACCCCACCAGCGCUGCCUGUGAUAUUUAUUAGAGACCCCCUCGCCCCCUGGUGCGCCCGCCCCCACCCACGGCCCGGCCUUGCCCCACACCAGUGCCCUCUCGCUGCCGCCGCCGCCGCCGGAGCCUUUCCUUCCUCUCACUGGCAAUUUCCCACCUGCCGUCGGAGGAUGGAGCCGGCCGGGCUGGGGGAUCGGAGGACGCUGCCACGUCCGUAGAUGACUCCUGGGGAGCCGGCGGCCAGCGGGACCCGCGCUUGGCUCAGCCUGCGGAGGGCACGGAGCCAGCCCCACGCCAGCCCCUCUCUCCACACCUCAAUCAUCCGCUUCUCCUGUGGGGAAAGGCCCUGGGCCAUCCCCUCCGGCUGCCCGUGGAUGCCCCCGCUCCAUCCCACAUCCUUGUCCCCACGCCGCCAAGCUCCCCGAGCUGUGAGCCCCUCCGGGAUGGAGCGUCUCCAGGCCAGGGAAGGGCGUUGAGGACAGCAUCCAUCGUGCCAGGAGCUCACAGGGGCCCGUGUGUAGCACGUCCAUGGGGUCAGCCCCAGCCUGGUUCCAGGGCUGCAGGUGGGAGACCUGCCCCUCUCCCCUGGACUCGGCUCCCUGUGCCGGAGCUCCUCGCCCUGGUGCUCGCAGUGACGGCUGCCACCAUCCAGGUACCGAUGCCACAGGCUUCCGCAGGCUCCCGCGGGGCCGUUCCUCCGUCUCGGCUGCCACGCUGGCGUCGCUGGGCUCUACCAGCCGAGGGGGCCGAGCGGUGCCGUGGCCUGGUGCCCGUGUCCUGGAGCGACGUGGGUGGCAGUGGCAGCGAGGGAAGGGGAGCUGGGGGGGCCCCAGCCCCAUGGGGAUGGGGAUGGGGCAGGAGCUCCGUGCCCCCUUGCAGCAAGCAGCAGGAGGGUGGCCCGGCACCGUGUCCUGCUCCUGCCUCUGCUGCCUGGCAGCAGCAGCUUUGCAGAGCUGCUUUCUGGGGCCCUGGGCUGCAGCACCAGCUCCCUGAGGCAAGCAGGGUAGCCCAGUUCAGCCCAGGCACUGGGACUGGGAGCUGCCAGGGGUCCAGUGUCCUAUGGAGGGUGCCCCUGGGACACUGUGUCCGUGUUGGGACUGUGAGCAGCUUUCCCUACUCCCCCAACCCCAUGCCCCAGCCCUUCAGCGGGGAUUUCACCACCAGCACCAGCGUUUCCUCCCCACUGAGACCCGCUGGGGCAGGCGGGGAGGGCGGGGGGUCCCCACGGUGGCACCUGUGGGUGCUGAGCCCUGCCCAAACCCUGGGUGCUUCUGCUGCAGCAGCUGACACAUCUCGCAGGGGUUGGGCUUGUGGCUCCCGCUGAGCCCCCCUCACCACCUUGAGGGUCCAGCGGGCCGGGGGCAUGGUCUUGCCCUGCCCUGGCACGGGGGCUGCUGCCAGGGGCCCCGUCUCCUGCCAGCACUGUCCCAAACACUCCAGGGCUGGGAGCGCCAUGUGCCAGCCCCAGGCCAGGGUUGCUUUCGGCGCCUGGUGCCCCACGCCAGCUGCCCGAGCCGGCUGCGGCCGUGCGGCCGGGCUGGUGGUGCCCAGGCCCCGCCGCCCCGGAGGCACGGGAGCUUUGGGCAGGGCGCAGCCGGCCCGGAGCGCGGCCCCGCUGCCAGCAGGCACCGCGCAGGGGUCCUGGUGUGGGGGCGAGCGGGUCCCUGCUGCUGAGCAUGGAUGGGCGAGUUGCUAGGGAUUCCCUGAGCCCCCAGCAAAGCACACGCAGAGCAGCCAGGGAUGGGGCUCAGCCCCCCCCCCCCCCGCAAGGCCUUCCCUCCCCCCCAAGCCCCUCGUGUGAGCAGUGACCCCCUUCCAUGACAUCCCAGCUGCCCCCCAGUUACUGCCCAGGCUGCAUUUUUCCCCCCAAUGGAGUCUGCAGGGAUAGGGGAGGGAGGCAGGGGCCUAGGUCGGGGGCUGCGGGGGCUCACGGUGCUGCUGUGCCAGUCCCCCUGUGGGGAGCCCGGCCCCAAGCCCUGGCCAGGCACCGAGGGCCUCUGGGUGAGGCAGAGCAGGGGAAGGGGGUCGGGGCUGGCACCCCCCGGGGUGGGGAAGGGGAAGGGGAAGCCUCCUGCAGACGGGCAUCGCUGGAGCCCCAUCACUGCGGCGCUGCAGAGCGGGGUGCUGGGGCUGGAUGCUGCGGGACAUCUGCCCCAUCGAUCCUGGGGGGCUAGGUGAGGGCUAGGUCCCCAGCAGGGAUGCACGUCACCUCCCACCACCCCCUCGCUGGGGGUCCACACCACCCAUCCCAUCCCACCCCAAGUCCCGCAAUCCCACUUGACCCCAAGUCAGGGCCUCCUCCCACCCUUGGCACCCUCUGCCCCUCGGUUGGCUUCGGACCCAGCGCUGGCCCCUGGCCCCGUCCGGCCCCCAGGGCGGCAGGGAGCAGCAUCAGGUCCCCACGGGGCCAGGGCUGGCGGGGGCUGAGCAGCAGCAGGCGGAGGGGCCCGGCCGUGCACCCCAGCCCCAUCCCGGCCAGCCCCCGCCGCCCCCCGCCUGCUCCGCUGAAGUGCACUUCCCGCGCUCCCGUGCUUUUCACUUGUGCCGAAGCCGUUUGAAGUUUUCCCUCUCCCCAGCCCUCCCCGUUGUUUGUAAGACACCCGAACCGAGCAAAUAAACUGUGUGAACAACCAG